AUGCUGUUAGCUCCGACUCUUAUAACAGAGAUUGAAGUUGAUGAUCGUGCUUAUCCAGUGGAAGUUUUAGAAAUUCAAGAAAGUGUUUUUGAUAUGAAAGCUCCAUUACGAUGGCCAAAGGCGGACUGUGAUCCUACAAAACGUCAAGUAGAUACUGAAUAUGGUGUAAAAUUGGCCCCGCUAUUCGAUGUCGGUUUUGUGGAAUUAGAUACCAGAUCAAAUAAUGGAAUACAAAGAAUUCAUAAUGUUUUUUCGAUGCUUUUAAAGUUAUCGAUAAGGAAUCGUGAAUUUAUUAAAGGCCGUCAUAAUAGUCAAGAAAUUAAAUCAGAUGAUUUAUCUUCUGAUUUUAUGUGUAUACAAAGUAUUGGUAGUGAUGUGGAUUCUGAAAAACUUUCAAUCAGUAGUGAUGAUGAAGGUUCAUCUUCAACACGUUCAAAUCAUCGUUCAUUGUCACGUUCUCCAUUUUCUUCAUCCCCAUCUGUAUCCGCAACUCCGUCAAAUACUCCUCCGAAAUCAUCUGUCCUAUCACAAGUAUCCCUUCCUUCGUUUCCUAUAAUUAGUAAUAAAUCCUCUCAUUCCGAUCGAAGCUCUUAUCGUCGAUCUUUUCUUCCUUCGUCUACUUUAUUACAAGUAAUGGAAGCUGAAGAAGAAAAAGAUAUUGUUAUCGUAAGAACUGGUCAUAGUAGAACAUCAUGUGGGAGUUAUGAUUCUACUGCUAGUUCUGUUAGUGCAAUAAGUGAUAAUUCUUGGGAAGGUUUAUUUGUUAAUGAUCCAUUAAGUCAUAACAAAUGUACUGGUCGUGGUGAUGGAUUGACUAUAGAUGAAUUAAUUCAAAGAUUAACAGUUGGAGGUCAAUAUGGUACACAUGAUGAUCCUGACAUGUUUUGGGGUUUUGUGGACACUACUGAUGAGAAACUCAUCAAACAUGAUGUGGAACAUAAAAAUAUGAACUCUACAAUAAUUCCACAUGCAAAGAAAGAUAGUGGUUUUGGUGGUUGGACUUAUUUUGAUAGUCGUGAUAAUCUUCAAUUUAGUCGUGAUAAUCAUCAAUCUGAUUUAUCCCUCUCGGUUCAACAAGCUAAUAAUCGUACGAGUAGUCAACCUCUUCAAAAAUCUUCGUUAAUAAUUGUCCCUGAUAGCUCUAUAGGAAGGCCUAUGAGUCAAUUAACUUUUGAUGAGUUACCCGAAAAGGCGAUCGCCAAUGAGCUAACUUUCCAAGAAUUUCAGCUAUUUAAAAAAAUUUCU